CGGGAACUCUUACCGACUUGGACUGAUAUACGAAUUCUCACACCGCAACAACAAAGCUCCAAUGGCAUCCAGAACCCUCUUCCUGCGGCUUACGCGCGCACCGACAAAACUCUCCAGUCCAUCAACACUCCUCCCUCGAAUCGCACAACCAUCACGAAGACCUCUCCAACGCCUCUCAGUCCGCACUUACUCCGCCUCGCCCUCCACCGAAGUCCAAGCGCCCGACUACCUCAACGAGAGCGAGCGCCAAAUUUUCGACAAGCUCAAAACCUCCCUCCAACCCAGCAAGCUCGAAGUUCAAGACAUCUCCGGAGGGUGCGGCUCCAUGUACGGCUUGGACAUUGUGUCGGAGCAGUUUAAGGGGCUGUCGGUCAUCAAACAGCAUCGGAUGGUUAAUCAGAUUCUGGGAGAGGAGAUCAAGAAGUGGCAUGGAGUGCAGUUGAAGACCAAGGCGCCAUGA